UAUUUAACCCAAGUUCCAAGUUCCAAGAUCCAUGGUCCGGUAGCGAAGACGCGAAGAAAUGAGGAAGGAGACUGAAUGGUGCCUAAAGGUAGUUGAAUGAUUAUAUCCAUAGUUUCGGUCGAAGAAGGCGAUAGGACCACUCCAUGACGAUUCCUCUCCCCACAGCUGCAUUUUUGGUCUCGGUUGGUUAGCUCUCUUGCGGUUCCUGGAUUGCGCUAUUUUAUCAUCGACUCGACUCUGCCGCCUCCCAUGCUGCAUCCACAGAAAAAAUGACAUCCAACCACCAUGCUACAACUAAGAGCCCUCCAGUGAUGCGACAGAUUGGUCCUCCAGCAUUCCGUAUAUGGAAUGUGUUGAAUGAUCAAUGGUCUUUGGCUGGAUCUUUCUUCUCGAAUCCGGUCACUCGGACGCCCAUACUCAUCAUCUGGGUGGCAUCAUUUGGAGGUGCUUUACACUCUUCGGUGACCACGUUCUUUUAUCUUGAAGUCGGGGCAAGCGACAUGGAUAUCGGUAGAAUUGGGUUCAUCCAAAGCCUGGGUUCGUUGGUGUUGGCGCCAAUGGCAGGAUAUGCACUGGAUCAUGGAGUUGCUCCCUUUUGUCCUUUAAUAUUGACGGCCACGGCGUGUUCUUUGGGUUGUCUCUGGCGAGGUGUGGCAGGAAACAUCAGAGAUCUCUACGUUGCCGCUGGGAUUUUGAGCAUUGGGGUCAAUCUCUGGACUGUAGUAUUGCUUCAUGUUUCACAUUGCACACCAAGAGAGCGCCGCUCACAUGUCCUUUCAGCCUACAAAACCCAGGAAACAUCCCUUCGGUUGGGAGGCAAAGCUCUCUUUCCCCUUUGGGAUGGUUUGGUUCGCCUUAUUCUUCGGCAAGUACCCCAAGCCUACAACACUUUGCUGAUCAGAUACAGGAUACACAUGGCAACAUGUACAGUCUUCUGCCUCUUUGGCACGGUUGCCUUGAUGUUGGAAAGGCGCGCUUUGGUACACGAAGAUACCAGUAGUAAAAGAGACAAGAACGUUGAAACAUUGACUCUUUCAAGAGCCAACGAAGUUGAACAAUGCACACCUCAGAACCAAUUACCCCUGGAGUUGACUUUGGCGUCCCCCGAUUCGGAGCAUCACCUCCAACCGUCCAUGGCGACCACACGUCAGAUGCACUCGCCUCAAAAUUCAUCCAGUUACUUUCGAUACAUAGCAAUCCUCAGCGCACUUUUGAUACAGUCAUGGUCAAGCACCGUUCUGGUCGUCUUAUGGCCGUUGGUACUCAGAGAUUUGUUUCAGUUUGCUGCAACAGAGUACGGGAUUGUGUCAGUGGUUGCGAGCAUUUGUUCCACUGCGGUCAUUGCUUCCUUCCCAACUUUCGAAAACAACCUGGGGAGGAUACGAACGGCUGCCAUUGGAGCAUCACUGGCUUCCGUGACAUGCUUUCUGGCCUUUGUGGUUCUUCCUCGUAUUGUGUAUCAUCAACGAGCAGCAGAAACAGAAACGAACCCGGACGCUGUCGUGCCUGAUGAUGCCGGCGAAGACGCAUGGUUCUCACGGAUAGUGCCACAUGUAUUCUUGGUGCAUGCCAUGUUGGCCAUUGGGUUUCAGGCGUCAGUUUACAUGCUGGAACCAAGCCUGAAAAGCAUGUUGAGUUUGACAGUGCCUGCAUCCCUUCAAAACCGUUCUCUAGGUUUUAUGUCCACUCUUGGAGGCUUCGGUGCCAUUGGAGGCAACCUCGCGGGUACGUUUCUCUUUCAGAGAUCCAAGAGCUUCUCUUCGACUACGGGCGCUGGACGGUUAUCUCAGGAUUGGUUUGGUAGUGGGGCCUUGCCAUUUGCAGUUGCCUCUGGUGUGUUAGCUGUAGCGGCGAUGUUCUUGUGGGCCUUGGAUUGGGAUGACGCUAGCAAUUACCACAGGUUCCAACAACAUCCCCAAUCAGCACCUUCCAAAACUUUUUGCGAAGAGAAUGGCGUUGGGCGUGAAGAAACUCCUGGUCCAAUGUCCAGGGGCCUCGUGGACGGCAGAGCCAGAGGUGCCAACGAUGGGGGAGGCAGCACUUCAUCACAAAACGAAGGUCUUUUCUUUCCAAUGUUGCACCUGGAGACGACAUACGAAAUGAAGUUGGACUGAGUUGGCAUUGUGGAUCAAUUGAAGCAAUCUGCAACUCUCUGGUUUUAAACCUGUAAAAUUCCGCAACGAAGACUUCAAUCUGCAAAUCUGCUUGCUAAAAAGUGUCUUAGCAUUAUGGGAACUUAGCUGUCUCGCCGAAUGAAGCUAUAGCUAGCUAGACAGCUGUCUCAUUUGCUACAUCGGGCAUCCCUGGAUGAUGUAUCAAGAUGUCUUCCGUCUUUAGGACAACUUGCAUGGCCUCUUCAUGACUCGUGGAUUCCUGAGCAGCAGCUGCUGCAGCUAGUUUGGCUGCUGAAUCCAGCGCUGCUGCAUUAGCGGCUGCUUCCAAAGGGUUGUGAACUACCGAAGGCGAAUGAUGGUGAUGAUGCAAGGUGUCAUCAUCGAUCACAUCAUCGUCGUCAUCAUCAUCGUGGUGAGCCUGGUUCUGGUAUUGUACAUAGCUGGCAGCAGCUGCCACUGCGGCUUCCACAGCCGAGAGUUCUACCAAAUCAUCAGCGGCGCCUGAUGCUGAUGCUGUCGCGGCAGCCGCCGCUGUGAGAGCUGCAUCAUCAUGAGGAUCAUGGUGAUGAUGUUCUGCUGGGGGCGGGGGCAAGUCUACAUGAUGAUGAUGAAUCGUUGUCUCCAGCGCUGUGUCGGAAUGCAGAACUACAGCCGUGUCAGUCAACAUGAUGGGAGGGGCGUCUGCGGUAUGAGGGAGCGGGUUGACCACCUUGACAGAAGCCAAGGGGUCAAUUGUAGACUCUAGUACGGGAGUGUCCGCUGACACUCCUCCGGUGAGAGGGGGAGGCUCGCUGUCCAUCUUGACCACGGGGAUCGCUACCUCAGAAGUGGCAACCUCGAGUGGCGACAGGGCUUGGUCGACAAUCUCCGACGCUGUGGGGGGCAUGGUGGCGACAUCGAUCGAAGCUGGAGCUGCUGCCGUGGCUAGGAGUGGUGGCAGGACUUGUUGGGGAUCGGCGGAAGGUGGAAUCUCCGCUUGGGGUUUGGGUGCCUCCUGAUGCUGUUGGCCACCAUCGCGGGUAUCGCUGGUAUCGGAUACAACCAAGGACGGGUCGUCUUCUCGCAUUUUGCAGACCAUUUUCUUGUUUUCUCGGCGGUACCUCAUUCUACGCCAAAUGUUCUUUCGUAGCAACCAAUCAUGCCCUUCUUUUCCUUUGGUGUAUUUUUGAUUGUACGUAAACUCUUCUCCUUCUUUCAAUGCCAUCCAGUUCCGAUACGAUCGAGUGGCUUCAACAGCUGAAACAUCCAUUUCUUUCAUGACCUGACUGUCACUAAAGGUGGAGGCAGGUCGUCGUUUGCGGGGCUGGACGGUUUCUUCAGGCUUCACCACUACUGCUACGAUGGGAAUAUUUUCCACCCCAGGAACAAUAUCAUUUUCAUCAUGAUCUUGUUUUCGACGCGCCUUUUUCAGAAUCGCAUGAUCACGAAGAUUGUUUCGCCGAGCGAUCAUGAUCCUUCGCAUCAAGCGUUCUUCAUCUUGGUCAUGUCCCUUAAUGAAGUCCCUACAAGCAUACCGGAGUUUUUCGCCUGUCUUGAGCUUUUCCCACUUGUGGAAAGUAGGGCUGUUUCGGACAAGAUCUUCGUUAAAAUCCGCAGGUCGCGGACCCAUUUUAGGACCCGGCAUUGCGUUGUCUAUCGAUCAAUCUACUGGAGAAAGGACUUGACGGUGGCCGCAACGACGGGGUAUACUGAUGUGGUGGAAGGAGGUUCGACAACGUCGACAGCGACGAUAACAACCAGAUCAGAAGGCAAGAUCUUUGCGAUUCCAAAAGUCCACUCGAACACUCUCCCAGCAGGCUCACAAGAAAAAACGGAACAGCAACAGUCGCGGGGAGUGGGAGUUGAUGCUUUGUUAGGUUAUGUGGUGAAGUGGAGUGAAGAGGUUAUCAGCUUUUGGAGUGGUUGCUCCGUCCUCUUUUGUUUCGAUGAAGCGAAAUCGAAGAGGUGCUCUUGCUGUUGGCGUGAACACGACUUGGGUAUUCGUGA